GACUCAGUUCAUCGUGGCCGGCCUGAUUGAAUGGUAGUGCUAGAUUUUUAUUUGGUAUAGCUUAAACUUUCAACAUUCUAUCAAGUGGUUUUUAAAAGUUUUUUUUCUCAAGAAAAUCACAUUUUUUCAUCGUCCAAAAGACUUUCAUUUUUGUUUGACCAACAAGUGAUAUAAUUAUACACUAAUCAGCUAUGCUUGAAAAGAUAUAUUGCCAUUGUGUAAAAAAGUAAAGAUGUUUGUAUAUGGCACUAUCAUCGAUCAAUGAAUGAAAGUUGUUGAGGUGUCUGCGUUUUUAAAACUAAUGAAGCAUUCAUGAAAUAUUAACUCGUGCUGAAACUGUUAACCUGAAAGAAUCACAUUAAUCAUGACCAGUGGAGACCAAACUGUCACAAAAAUCCCAGAGUGGUGGACUCGGCGUACAACUUUGGACAAAUCAUUAAUCGUAUUCGGUAUAAUAGCACUAAUAGGAAAAGUCGUUCUAUUCGCGUUACUUUAUGCCGUUGUUGUUGAGAAAAAAGAGUGUGAAAAUCAGGCAAAUAAAACGAAACAUAUUGAUGUGUGUCUAACACCUGGAUGUAUUCACGCUGCCUCACGUGUCCUCGAUCAGAUGGACAAAACGUUUGAGCCUUGUGAUGACUUCUACAAUUUCGCAUGCGGAAAAUUUGUGAAAGAAACGAUGAUACCCGAUGAAAAGGUAUCGGUCGACACUAAUUCGAUAAUUGGCGACCAACUUCAGGAACAGUUGCGUACAUUGAUUAGCGACAAAAUCGAUCCAGACGAUUCGGCACCAUUUAAUAUGGCUAAGAAGCUGUACAAAGCCUGCAUGAAUAAAACGUUGAUUGAGGACCGUGGAUUGAAACCAUUGUUCGAUAUCACAGACCAACUCGGCGGAUGGCCGGUUGUCAAAGGUGAUGAAUGGGAUAUGAAAUCUGAAUGGAGCUGGACAUGGGCUGUUAGAGAAUUCCGUAAAAUUGGCUUCAGUGCGAAUUACAUAUUCCAUUUUUCUAUUGGCGUUGAUUUGAAAAAUUCUACAGCUCGAAUAAUUGACAUCGAUCAGGCUGCGCUCGGUUUGAGUCGAGAAUAUUUGAGCAAAGGAUUGGAAGACAAAAUCGUUAAGGCAUACUAUGAAUACAUGGUUGAUAUUGCCGUUAUAUAUGGUGCCGAUCGCAACCGUGCCGAACGAGAGCUCAUGGAAUCACUUCAGUUUGAAAUGAAAUUGGCCAAUAUUUCCCUGCCGAAUGAAAAGCGAAGAAACGCCACAGCACUCUACAAUCCAUAUACAUUGAAACAAGUGCAGCAGAUGUACCCAUUCAUUCAAUGGGUUGAAUACAUAAAUGCCUUAUUACCACCGUCAUUGUCAGUCGACGAGAAUGAGGUUAUUGUGGUUAGUGUGCCGUCUUAUUUCGAAAGUUUGGGACAAUUGUUGCAAGACACACCGAAGCGUACCAUUGCGAACUACAUGAUGUGGCGUGUUAUAGACUUCUCAUCAUUCUUCCUGACUGAUGAAAUUCGCGGACGGCAAUUGGUGUAUAGCACAGUCGUCAGCGGUGAGCAGGAGCAAUUAGCAAGAUGGAAAGAAUGCACUGACAUCACUAGUGGGAACAUGGAGGUAACCAGUGGCAGUUUGUCAAUAGCCGUUGGUGCGCUUUAUGUGCGAAAAUACUUCCGACAAGAUUCAAAAGCUGCCGCACUGGAUAUGGUCAAUGGAUUGCGCAAAGAGUUCGAACUCCUGUUAAACGAAGUCAAUUGGAUGGACGAUGAAACACGCAAAUCAGCGCUCAACAAAUUAAAAGCCAUGUCUACACAUAUUGGCUACCCAGAUGAGAUUAUGGACAAUGCUAAAAUUGAAAAAUACUACGAAAACUUGGAAAUCGAUGAAAAUAACUAUCUCUCGUCUGUUUUGAAUAUGAACGUGUUCGGUACGGAUUAUGCAUUCAACAAACUUCGCAAGCCGGUUAACAAAACUGAUUGGGUCAAUUAUGCACAUACAGCCGUUGUUGAUGCUUACUAUUCGCCUUUAGACAACAGCAUAGAAUUCCCAGCAGGUAUUCUACAAGGGCAAUUAUUUUCAGCCGACAGACCAAAUUAUCUCAACUUUGGAGGAAUUGGCUCUAUAAUUGGUCAUGAGAUUACCCAUGGAUUUGACGAUGAGGGCCGUCAAUUUGAUUUCAAUGGCAAUUUAGUUGAUUGGUGGAAAGAAACAACUAAAGAACACUACUUGGAAAGGGCUAAUUGUAUCAUUGAACAGUACGGAAAUUAUACAGAGCCUUCAACCGGCUUAAAAUUAAACGGGAGAAACACUCAAGGAGAGAACAUCGCUGACAAUGGAGGCAUUAAGGAGUCAUAUCUCGCUUAUCUGAAAUGGGAAGAAGAAAAUGGCCCUGAACUAAAAUUACCCGGCUUAGAUUAUACUCCACAGCAAAUGUUCUGGAUCUCAGCAGCACAAAACUGGUGCGCAGUAGAUCGUCCAGAAAUAUUGAACAUACAAAUAACAACAGAUGAGCAUUCUCCAGCACAAUUCCGUGUGCUUGGACCAAUCAGUAACCGGAAAGAGUUCGCCAGUGAUUUCAAUUGUCCAGUAGGAUCACCAAUGAACCCAGCGAAGAAGUGUGAAGUUUGGUAGUCUAUUACAAUAAAUGAAAUAUAUAAUAUUAAAUAAAAAUAAACGGUAUUACAAUCAAUUUACAAUCAUUCAAUGAAUAUUUUGAAGAAAAAAUUCGUGACAAUUAAACUGUGUUUUUUUUGGUUUCAAAUGAAUUUAUCAUUACCGGAAAAUAUUCAUUCAACAAUUGAAUGUGUAAUCAAAAAUAAGAACACAAUUAUUAUGUAAUAAAAUUUUAAACAAAACCAAUUCAAUUUAUAA